UUCGGCCAGUAGCACCAUGGCGCUGCUUAUCCGCAGCCCAAAAGUCGAUCUCGUCUCGUUCCUGAUCUCACACACACAUACCCAAACCUUGGUUCUGGGAGUCUGCGCUGAUCAUUUGAUCGCUGUGGGCUUUCCCGGUGUGCAUGGCCUUAUGUGCCUAGUUCUCGACUAUUAUGUUCUAUCCGUGGUACUCAAUAGAUCUGGGACUGGCUAGUCUCUCUUGGGCGGCGCUUAGUGGACUCGGCAUUUGCUUUGUCUCGGUAUUUGAGUGGUUCGCGCGGGUUCAGGGAUCUGCUUUGUUUCGAAUGCGGAUAAGGCCUCCGUGCUCCGUAAUGCAUGGAUGGGAUCGUAGGUGUUUGUUGGCUGCUGCUGCUUUGCUUUACUGGGACUGGCCUCCGUGGUGACUGGUGAAGUGAGGUAUUGAAUAUUGGGCUUGCGUCUAUGUAU